AUGCGCUUCACCCCGGUCAUCGCCCUCCUCCCAGCUCUUGCUGUGGCUCAGGAGCAGGUUCCCCUCGCGGACCGUGUCCAGGGCUGGUUCAACAAGGCCAAGUCCUACUUGCCUACUGCCACCCCGGUCGCCCCCGCCGCUGCCGUUGUUGAGAAGGUCGUCGAGAAGACCAAGAUCCAGGAGAAGACCGUCUCUGAGUUCAACUUGACCAACUGGCAGUCCUACCUGGAGCCCGCUUCGGAGCCCCAGGACUGGUUGGUUUACAUCACCGGAGGAAACAAGACUUGCUUCGGUCGCUGUGACAAGGCAGACAAAGCGUUCAAUGAAUCUGUGCUUUUGUUCUCCGCCGAUCCUACCUCCCCUAACCUCGGUAAGCUGGACUGCGAAGAGAACAAGGUUCUUUGCUCUGCCUGGGGUGCCGGUGCUCCUUCGGUCUGGUACCUCCAGGUGCCCCAGGCCCAGCUUGGUGAGGAGCGCCCCACCACUCCCCUCUACACUGUCUACCUGAACUCGACCACUGUGACCCCGGAGACCAUCUACAAGGUCCACUCUGAGAAGGUCUACGAGAAGACCGCUCCUUACGAUGGUCCUCUUCACCCUACGGAUGGCUGGCUCGCUCAGAACCACCUUCUGCUCCCUCUUGGAUAUGUCAUCUACGGCUUCAGUGCCAUCCCCAGCUGGCUCUUCAUGAUCGGCAUCAGCUUCUUCAGCCGAGCCGUCGCCUUGGAAACGUCGGUGGCGCCCCCGCUCCUCGUCCGAACUAGACGUGCUAACGAAAUGUCCGACCUCGACCGUACACCCCCCUCGACAGCCGCCUACGUGGUCGCGACGGCCAUCCUAGCCGGCAUAACGGGCUACUUCAUCGGCCAAGGCAGCACGCUAGGUCUCUUCAGCAACAAAGAAAAAGAAGGCUGGCCGAACAGCUACAAUGUGAAACCGCACCUAGACUCGUCGGACGAAGACUACGAAUCCGAAGAGGAAGAAGAGGACAGUGAAGAAGAAGGCGACGGCACUGAGCUCGCCAACUUCGAUAGCUCCAAUGAAGAAGUGAAAUUGGUUCUUGUCGUGCGGACGGAUCUGGGUAUGACGAAGGGUAAAAUCGCCGCCCAAUGCUCCCACGCUACACUCGCAUGCUACAAAUACCUCACGGCGUACACGCCCAACAGCGGCAUCCUGCGACGAUGGGAAUCGCAGGGUCAGGCGAAGAUCGCGCUGCAGGUCAAGUCGGAGGAGGAGAUGGAGGAGAUGCAGGCUAAGGCGAUUAGUUUGGGACUUUGCGCCAGGGUGAUUACGGAUGCUGGACGGACGCAGAUUGCUAGUGGGAGUCGCACGGUGUUGGGGGUUUUGGGACCCAGGAGUGUGGUGGAUUCUGUGACGGGGCAUUUGAAGUUGUUGUAGUUUUAUAGUGUUGGGUUGGGGAUUGAGGGUGAGCGAGUGCCACCAGGAAAAGACCCUUGUGGUAUUGGGGUCGGUGUUGAGAUAUAUUAUAUGGCGUUUUGGAGAUGGGUCUCGCGACGCGAUGUGCUUGAUGCAGCAGCAUGGCUUAUUUUUUUUCGAGCAGCAUUCUGAGAGUAUGCUAAAUCGCCUUCCAUUUUCAUGAUAGACGACAGUAACCGACUUAUUUAAUCGGUUCAAAUGGUAUCCAGUACACAUAGGCAUGUGCAUAUGAUGUGCGCAUCUACAAAUCUACAUACAUAUAAAUUUUACUGAUAGUAAUGUUGGCAGGUCAUGGUUUUUCCCUAACCUCAGUGACCG